AUGGCGGAGAACCUUACAAAGGCUUUCCAAAGGUUCGAUCUUAGCAACAAAGAGAUGGAAGGAAUAGAUCUGGAAACAGAUGAUGUGCUAGCUGGAAUCGAGGAAUGUAAGUUGACCUUGGUAGGGAGAAUCAUGGGUGAGAAAGUUGCAAAUUUAACAGGGGUUAAAAACUACACAUCACAUGUGUGGGGCUACCCCAGAAACCUACAAGUCAGUGAGCUUGGACCAAAUGUUUUCCAGUUUAACUUUGCAGAGGAAAAAGACAAGGAGAAAGCUCUGAAUAGGAGACCAUGGGUCAUUGAUAACCAGUUACUAGUUGUAAAGCCAUGGUCACUAGGAAUAGAGAGGAGUACGGAAGCAUUCCAUGAAUCUCACCUGUGGAUACAAGUGUGGAACCUCCCAAUCCACUGGCUGAGCAAAGUGGUGGGCUUUAAACGCGGACAAAUGUUCUCAGCAGUAAAGGAAGUAAUCAUCCCACCCGGAGGAGGAAAGGAGGGGAGACAUAUGAAAAUUUUGGCAGAAGUGGAUAUUUCACAGCCACUGGCGAGAGGCACUACUGUCAAGUUUAAUGGGAACCCAAUAUGGGUUGAAUUUAGAUAUGAAAAAUGCCCAGACUUCUGCUACAAAUGCGGAAUAAUAGGACAUGGAGAUAAGAAUUUUAAAACAACAGUGGAGAAAGAGUAUAACCAGAGAGAAGAACAAUUUGGGGCAUGGAUGAGAGCAGGGAACAUCAUGGCUUCUCCUUUAAGAGCCAGUAGAACGGUAGAAGGAAGUAUCCUAGAAAAGGUUGAACCACAGAAGCAAAAGAGAGGGGGAUACAAGAGGAAGUAG